UCUCAUUCUUGGUUUUGCGAAAUUAGACGAUGGAAGCGCUGUCCAUCGCCGACGUCCAUCCCAUUGCCGUCGACGACGCCACGGCCCCGAGCCUGUCGAUCCACAAAACGGCCAUCCAAGGCCUCUUCAAGCGCCGCCGCGUUCGUGUCAAAGAACUCCUUGGGGCGGGUCUGUCCUUGGUUGGGCAAUCCGUGACCAUCAAGGGCUGGGCCAAGACGCUGCGCGAAGCCGGUGCCGGGGCGUUCGUCUUCCUUGAAAUCAACGACGGCUCCAGCUUCACGGGUGUCCAAGUGUUGGUGAAGCAAGACAUUCCUGGGUUCGAAGACGUGAUCAACUCGGGCGGUACCGGCGCGAGUUUUUCGAUUGUCGGCGACGUGGUGGAAAGUCCUGCCAAGGGCCAACUGAUCGAAGUCAAGGCGACCCAAGUGACCGUGUACGGCACGGUGGCGGACCCUGCGACGUACGCAUUGUCCAAGAAGCGCCACACGCUGGAACACCUUCGGGACAACGCGCAUUUGCGCGCGCGGUCCAACAUCCACUCGGCCGCCAUGCGCGUGCGCAACGCCAUGGCACAUGCGACCCACACGUUCUUCAACGAACGCGGGUUCUUGUACAUCCACACGCCGCUGAUCACGGCGUCCGAUUGCGAAGGCGCCGGGGAAAUGUUUGCGGUCACGACCUUGUUCAACAAGCACGGCGACGGCAACCUCCCCAAGACCGCGGACGGCAAGUCCAUCGACUUCACCAAAGACUUCUUUGACAAGCCCGCGUACUUGACGGUGUCGGGGCAGUUGAACGUGGAAACGCAUUGCUGCGCGCUGUCGGACUGCUACACGUUUGGCCCGACGUUUCGCGCGGAAAACUCCAACACGGCGCGCCAUUUGGCGGAAUUCUGGAUGAUCGAGCCCGAGAUUGCGUUUGCCGACUUGGGCGACGACAUGGACCUCGCGGAGGACUACCUCAAGUACGCGGCGCAGUAUGCGCUCGACAACUGCGCCGACGACUUGGCUUUUUUCGAUAAGAACGUGGAAGUGGGACUGAUUGAGCGCUUGAAGGCGACGGUGGCGGCGCCAUUCGUCCGCUUGACAUACACGGACGCGGUGGACCUGAUCAACAAGCCGGAGAACUUGAAGAAGGGCAAGUUCUCGGUCAAGCCCAAGUGGGGCGACGACCUUGGCAGCGAGCACGAGCGCUUCAUCACGGAGCAAAUCUACAAGAAGCCCGUGAUGCUGUACAACUACCCCAAGGAGAUCAAGGCGUUCUACAUGCGCUUGAACGACGACAACAAGACCGUCGCUGCGUGCGACGUGCUCGUGCCCAAGAUCGGCGAGAUCAUCGGCGGCUCCCAGCGCGAAGAGCGCCUGGACGUGCUCGAAGCGCGCAUCAAGGAAGCGACCGGCCAUGACCCGGCCGAGUACGGAUGGUACUGCGACCUGCGCCGAUACGGCACCGUGCCCCACGCCGGCUUUGGCUGCGGCUUUGAGCGUCUCGUGCGGUUCGUCACGGGCAUUGAAAACAUCCGCGACGUCAUCCCGUUCCCCCGUUGGCCCGGCAACGCCGCGUUUUAGGACGCUUCGAUUGUAGUAUGUAGUUGUGCCUAAUCGAUUGUCCGAAUGAAAACUAUACCCGUUCAUGUCGUCGA